AUGGUUAAAUCUUACUUGAAAUACGAGCAUUCGAAAUCAUUCGGUCUUGUCAAUUCAAGCACUUCAAAUGUUGUUUGGUCAACAGAUGGAGCCGGUGUCUCGAGUCGAAAUACAGGUUCGGGGAGAGCUAUAGUGGCCGCCAAUGAGGAGGUAUUAUGUUGGGAAAUAAAGACAGGAGAACUUUUGAGCCGUUGGAGGGAUAAUGACUGUAAAUCUCAAGUCUCGGCCAUUGCGCAGAGUAAAACGGAUAUAGACAUUUUCGCCGUCGGAUACGAAGACGGAAGCAUUCGAUUAUGGGACUCGAAAAUCGCAACUAUCAUAGUCAGCUUUAAUGGGCAUAAGUCUGCCAUCACUACGCUGGCAUUCGAUAGAUCUGGAGUGCGAUUGGCCAGUGGUUCGAGAGAUACGGACGUCAUUGUGUGGGAUUUGGUCGCUGAGGUUGGCUUGUUCAAGUUGAGAGGACACAAGGAUCAGAUCACUGGACUCCAAUUCAUUCACCCAGAGAUACCACGCGAAUCUAGCGAAGAUGAGGAAGUGGUUGAUGUUGAGGAUGGAGGUUCAUUUGAAGGAUUUCUACUCACCACUGGCAAGGAUGCACUCAUCAAGCUCUGGGAUAUGACAUCUCAGCACUGUAUCGAAACUCAUGUCGCUCAAACCAACGGAGAAUGCUGGGCCUUGGGUACUUCACCGGAUGGUAGCGGAUGUAUCACGGCUGGAAAUGAUGGCGAAAUGAAGGUAUGGUCUAUUGAUACGGCUGGUUUAUACAAGUUAUCGAAACAAGUGAAUGGCGCAGUGGAAGCUCGAUAUCUCCAGGGUCGAGGAAUACUACAUCGACAGGGGAAAGACAGGGCACUCGAAAUUAGUUUUCAUCCACGCUUAGAUUAUUUUUCGGUUCAUGGUUCGGAAAAGUCCGUGGAGAUAUGGAGGAUACGCUCAGAGGAGGAGGUGAAGAAAAGCUUAGCAAGAAAGCGUAGGAGGAGAAGAGAAAAGCUCGCCGCAACCGAGAAGUCUGCUAUGGAGGGGGAUGAAGCGGAUGAGAAGGCGGAAGACAUUUCAACAGCUGAUAUUACAGACUUCUUUGUCCCAUACGUUAUUGUUAGAACGGGCGGCAAAGUUCGAUCGGCUGACUGGGUUCGUAUCAAAGGUACCAAAUCCAUACAGUUGCUGAUAGCGACUACGAACAAUCAACUGGAAGUCUACACAGUAGUCACAAAAGAAAAAAGCAAGAAGUCCAAGAGCGAAGAAAUGCCAGAUUAUUCGAGGACAUUAUCAGUUGAAAUGCCAGGUCACAGAGCAGAUAUACGAGCGUUGGCUCUGAGUUCGGACGACCGGAUGUUAGCAUCAGCAUCUAACGGUGGCCUGAAAGUGUGGAACGUCCGCACGAGAACUUGCAUACGAAGUUUCGAAUGUGGUUAUGCUCUGUGUUGUGCAUUUUUGCCAGGAGACAAAAUUGUAGUGGUAGGAACAAAAUCUGGCGAACUAGAGUUAUUUGAUGUAGCUUCAGCUGCUAUGCUUGAGACUAUCAAAGCUCAUGACAGUGCUAUCUGGAGUCUACAUGUCCACCCGGAUGGACGUUCCGUUGUAUCGGGUAGCGCAGACAAAUCAGCCAAAUUCUGGAAUUUCGAGGUGUUCCAAGAAGAAAUUCCUGGAACUAAACGAACAACUCCAAAAUUACGGCUCGUCCAUACCAGAACAUUGAAAGUCUCAGAUGAUAUUCUGAGCUUAAGGUUUUCACCGGACGCACGUCUGUUAGCUGUGGCACUUUUGGACAAUACUGUCAAAGUCUUCUUCGUGGAUUCUCUUAAACUCUUCCUCAAUCUUUACGGCCACAAAUUACCUGUGCUCAGUAUGGAUAUCUCCUUCGAUAGCAAGCUCAUUGUUACCUGCUCUGCAGAUAAGAACAUACGUCUUUGGGGUCUCGACUUCGGGGAUUGCCACAAAGCAUUCUUUGGGCAUCAAGACAGUAUCUUACAGGUCGCAUUUAUUCCACACAGCCAAGACGGCAAUGGACACCAUUUCUUUAGUACCAGUAAGGACAAGAUGAUCAAAUACUGGGACGGGGAUAAGUUCGAACAAAUCCAAAGAUUAGAUGGCCAUCACGGUGAGAUCUGGGCAUUAGCAGUCAGUCGAACAGGUGACUUCUUUGUCAGCGCAAGUCACGAUAAAAGCAUUCGAGUGUGGGAGCAGACUGACGAGCAAAUAUUCCUCGAGGAAGAGAAGGAGAAGGAAUUGGAGGAAUUAUACGAGUCAACUUUAACAACGUCCCUGAACCCCGAUAAGAAUGAGGAAGAAGAUGAUAAUGAAGUUGGGGCUGCCGGAAAACAAACAGUUGAGACUCUCAUGGCCGGAGAAAAGAUUGUCGAAGCCCUCGAAAUUGGUAUCGCUGAUCUGGAGCUAGUGGCUGAAUAUGAGAUCGCCAAAGCCAGUAAUCCCAACACCGCUCCUCCAGCCCGCAACCUCCUUUUCAUGGCUCUCGGCAAUAUCAGCGCCGAAAGACAUGUUCUCAAUACUCUACAGAAAAUUAAAGCCGCAGCUCUUCACGACGCUUUACUCGUCCUCCCUUUCUCCACGCUUCCAAUGCUCUUCACUUUCUUGAAUAUUUUUGCCACAAAAGAAAUGAACAUACCACUUACAUGUCGAAUACUAUUCUUCAUGUUGAAAACACAUCACAAACAAACGGUGGCAAGCAAGACUAUGAGGAUUAUGUUAGAUGGCAUUAGAGAGAACCUAAGGAAGAGCUUAAAGAGACAGAAGAAUGAGAUGGGAUUUAAUUUGGCGGCGCUGAAGAUUGUCGGGGAGAGAGUCAAGGAUAUGGGAACGAAGGAUUAUGUGGACGAAGAGACUUGGGAGGAGGAUGAUGGAUCAAGUAAGAAGAGAGGAUUUGUGCAAGUUUCAUCCAUGCCUAUGAUUCGACUCAUGCUAUGGACAUUUUUGCUUCAUUCAUCCGAACACAUUCCACCCCGUCCCAUGAAGAUUGGAGGAGAUAGGGAUCAACAGUCGACAAAUCUGCGACUCGCAAUGAAUACGGUCCAAGGCAUAAGCAUAAUGGACCCCGAACUAGUCUCAGUCGAACAAGGUGCCAAGGAAAGAUGUCCAGUACCUCCCCUCCGCCUUGUCCCCCUUCUUCAUCUUCUCUGCCUCGUUCCGUAA